AUGCCAGAACGCGCCCCUGUGAUUGGACGAGCUCUCCGGGAGGCUGUGAUCGCCUUGCCAAACAGCUCCAAAUCAAAUAUAACUUUUAGCAUGGUAGUCAAUGCUGCCGGCCCAUGGGCUGCUGAUUUGGCUCGUUUGGCGGAAAUAGGAAUAAAUGAAGAUCUGACCGUACCAUUGCCUGUGGAACCGCGCCUUCGAUAUGUUUUCGUGGUUCGACCAAAACGACAAAUGCCGUUUCCUCGUCGCUCUCCUGAUACAACCAGCCCCACACCACUACCCGGUCUGGACACACCCUUCCUCAUUGACCCCUCGCGGUUGUUUGUUGAACGGCGUGGUUUAUCUGGCGAGUUUGUGGUCUAUUCAGACGAUCCUCAGUGGGAUAUACCUCGGACUGGUGUACGUUGA